GCUGGGGACUCUCUGAAGCAGGGAAAAGGUGCUUGGGAGAAAAGUGCAGUGCUGAGCCACCUGAGGUCGUGCUAGCCUCAGGGUUAGGGCCAUCUGGAGGUGGCCAGCUCCUGCAGCGGGCGGGGCCGGGAGGGGCGGGGUGCGGACGCUUGCACCUCCUGGACACCCGCGGUCACACGUGUGACCGAAGCUGGCAAGUGGACACCUCUGAGGCUUGGAAGAGGUAUCCUGGAACACUGAUGGCAAACUUCAAGGGCCAUGCUCUCCCAGGGAGCUUCUUUCUAAUAAUUGGGCUGUGGUGGUCAGUGAAGUACCCACUGAAAUACUUUCACCAAAAGGGCUUGAAGAAGAACAAACUAAGCCAGCAGCAGCAGCGUAUCGAGAUCAUUGAAGGUGCAGUGAAGACUGUGUUUGCAAUCAUUGGAAUCCUGGCAGAGCAGUUUGUUCCAGAUGGACCUCACCUGCACCUCUACCAUGAAAACCAAUGGACCAAGCUGAUGAAUUGGCAGCACAGCACCAUGUACCUAUUCUUUGGAAUCUCAGGAAUCAUCGACAUGCUCACCUACCUUUACUUCAACAUUGUGCCCCUGGGGUUAGACAGAAUGGUUUUGGCUAUGGCCAUAUUCAUUGAAGGUUUUCUCUUCUACUUCCACGUUCACAACCGACCUCCACUAGACCAGCACAUCCACUCACUCCUGCUGUUCGGUUUGUUUGGAGCGACUAUCAGUGUCUCUCUGGAGGUUAUCCUUCGGGAUAAUAUUGUGCUGGAGCUUUUCCGAACCAGUCUCCUUAUUUUUCAGGGAACCUGGUUCUGGCAGAUUGGAUUCGUCCUGUUCCCGCCAUUUGGAACGCCAGAAUGGGACCAGACGGACAUGGACAACAUCAUGUUCAUCACCAUGUGCUUCUGCUGGCACUAUUUUGUUGCUCUUUGCAUCACGGCCAUCAACUACUCCCUUGUAUACUGCUUUCUGACUCGGGUGAAGAGACACAUACAAGGAGAAAUCAUUGGAAUUCAGAAGCUGAAGUCUGAUCACACGUACCAGUCAACCCUUUUGAGUGGGUCGGAUGAAGAGUGACAUGAGGCUUGGGGGAGUGGAGACCUCACAUUGUUUUUAAACAACAGCUAGAAAGGAUGCAGCUUGUCCCCUGGACUCCCAGGCUUGCCUUUUGUGCUCCUGUCCCCGAGACUCUAAGGCUUGCCUUAUGCGCUCCUAGGGCUCCAAAUACCGCAUCCCUCAUCUAAUACAAAGCUAGAGGCUCAAAUACAGGAAAUUAGUCCUCGAGUGGUUUUUAUGCACCAUGUUAUUGGAAUACUUAAGCAUAGCUUUACUUAAAAUCUGUAUUAGAGUAGUAACACCAUCCACACAGAAAAAUGAACCUCUUCCAAAAGAAGGCCUGUCCUUGUAGAGGAAUGACUUUAAGACUCUGAGCACCUACACUAGGAAGUAACCAUGUGGAUGAAGCAGGCCGGUCACAUGCUGCUUCUGAUAACUUGCCCCUCUUCUCUCAAUCAAGAAGGUACUUUCUUCUUAGAAAUGUACCAGAAGUUAGCUGAAGACAGCUCAGCGUCUUUAAUGCAGAGCCAAGACUCUAACUAAUUUUAAAUAAAAAAGCAACUCAUAA